AUGGAUCACGGAUCAAUGAGUGGCAUGGACAUGGGCUCCAGUGCCUCAUCCGCAAGUUCCUCAUCUGGUGCCUCAUCGGCCAUGGGCAUGACCAUGGCCUUCACCAAUGCACACAGCACGCAUCUCUUUUCUGCCGCCUGGACCCCUUCAUCAUCAGGGACAUACGCUGCCACCUGUAUUUUCUUGAUUGUGCUCGCCAUCAUCGAUCGUUGUCUCGUCGCCUUCAAGGCCACGAUGGAGCGUCACUGGCUCGUCACGCACUUGAAUCGUCGCUACAUCGCCAUUGCGGGGAAGACCACCGAAGCUGGACGGAUUGACGGGGAUCCCGACGCCAAGGCUGCGUCGCUGAUCACGGCGCAGGGAGUGGAAGAGAAUGUCAAGCUUGUGCACAAUAUCGCCCAUGGGCCGAUCCCAUGGCGAUUCAGCGUGGAUCUGCCACGGGCAAUCCUGUUUCUCUUCAUUGUUGGAGUCUCCUAUCUUCUGAUGCUGGCAGUCAUGACGAUGAACGUGGGCUACUUCUGCUCGGUCCUGACGGGCGCAUUCAUCGGAGACCUGGCAGUUGGUCGAUACAUCCAGUGGAAUGAGCACAAUCACUAG